GGUUCCCAUGUGUGGUUGAUCCUUGAUGGCCCAGUGGACGCCGUGUGGAUUGAAAACCUCAACUCCGUGUUGGAUGACAAUAAAACCCUGACCCUGGCUAAUGGCGACCGCAUCCCAAUGUCACCGACCUGUAAAAUCAUUUUUGAAGUUCACAACAUAGACAACGCCUCGCCGGCGACCGUCUCACGAAAUGGGAUGAUCUACAUGUCCUGCUCCGUGUUGCCAUGGCAACCAAUACUCCAGGUACUUUAUCUGUGUCAGGGGUCGAAUGAAUAAAACUGUAAUUUACAAGAAAGAAUUGUAAGAUAAAAAAAAGAGAUUCUUGAUAACUUUUCCAAGUUAUUUAAUGUCAUUUUUUAGACAAAAUAUAUCAAAUUGUACAUACACAGACCCUUACAGGCUUAUCAAGUUCAGUGGUGGUCAUCACUUCUUCAGUGGUUCUCAUCACAACUUCAGUUUUGGUCAUCACGUCUGAAAAAAAACAACAUUUAAAUGUUGUUUCUCUAUAAAUAAGUUUUUGAUAUUUCAUUUACAAUUUAACUACAUAUAAAACCAAAGGAAUGUUGUUGAAUUUUGUACAAAGUUGGCAGUAGUCAUUAUAGAAUGGAUAAUGCAUUCCUCAAUAAUGCAUGCUGCCUCUAACGCAAGUCAACGUUUUAACAAUUUUUUUAAGGCAAACAAGUAAAAUGUUGUCCUUCUAAGAAUUGUCUCGGUUAGUUGUAUCUUAACACCUGCCCGCAUUUCAUCAAUCUCUCAAAAUUUCUGUAUUUUGUUUAAAAAAAUUAUAAAUAAUUUCUGGAAUAAUUUUUCUAUGUAAACUGUCAGAUUUAACCAGCUCUAGUUUCAAAAUCAUUAUCUUAAUUAGAAAGUUCCUCUGCACCUUUGGCGUGAAUAUGUGCAAUGUCAUCAAAACACAUUUCCAUUUAUUUGAAUCAAAUAAAAGAAUAUUGUAUUAUCUUAUCAUCUUAUCUUAUUAACUCAAACUGUCUUAUUAUCUUAUCUCAUGCGCCAAAGUUUAUGUCUGACACAGGGCUGGCUUGAGAAGAGAUCAGCCAAUGAGAAAACAAGUCUCAUGCCACUGUUUGAG